UGGGAGGCUUCCUGUGCCCCUGGGAAGAGCCUGGAAGGGAGGGCUGAGGAAGGAGCUGAUCAGAGAGCAGCUUCCCAGCCCUGGGGAAAGCGGAGCCAGGAGAGGGCUGUGUGAGGGAAAUAUCUGGACCAUGAAGGUGGCCUUCGGAUUGCUUCUCCCACUGGUUCUUGUGCUGAUCUCGGAAGUGAGCGGGCAGCGUAGGAAGCCUCCCCGGAAACCCACGCGCCCACCUCCUGAGCCUGUCGAGCCCGUCGAGCCCACAGAGCUGCCCCCGCCCUUGCCACCGGGUCCCCCCUCCGUCUUCCCUGACUGCCCCCGGGAAUGCUACUGCCCCCCAGACUUCCCCUCUGCCCUCUACUGUGACAGCCGCAACCUGCGGAAGGUCCCUAUCAUCCCGUCCCGCAUCCACUAUCUCUACCUCCAGAACAACUUCAUUGAUGACCUCCCGGAGGAGUCCUUCAGGAACGCCACUGGGCUGAAAUGGGUCAACCUAGACAACAAUCGCAUCCGGAAGGUGGACAGGCGGGUCCUGGAGAAGCUGGAAAACCUCAUCUUCCUCUACAUGGAGAAGAACCAGCUCAAGGAGGUGCCUUCCUUCUUGCCACCCAACCUGGAGCAGCUGCGUCUGAGCAGGAACCAGAUCUCCAAGAUCCCUGCUGGGGUCUUCAACAAGCUGGAGAACCUGGUGCUCUUGGACCUGCACCACAACAAGCUAAGCGAUGGGGUCUUCAACAAAAACACCUUCAAGGGACUCAAGAACCUCAUGCAACUCAACCUUGCCCACAAUAUCCUGAGGAAAAUGCCUCCUGGGGUGCCCAAUGCCAUCCACCAGCUCUUCCUAGACAGGAACAACAUUGAGGACAUCCCCAGUGACUACUUCAAGGAGUUCCCCAACCUGGCAUUCAUCCGGCUCAACUACAACCAGAUCUCAGACAAAGGGCUGCCCAAGAACUCCUUCAACCUCACUAACUUGCUGGUGUUGCACCUGGCCCACAACAAGCUCACCAAUGUCCCUUUCAUCAGCUCCAAGCUGGAGCACCUCUACCUAAAUAACAACUCCAUUGAAAAGAUCAACGGGACGCAGAUCUGCCCCACGUCCCUGAUGUCCAUCCAGGACUUCUCACCCUCGGACCUGGACAACGUGCCCCGGCUCCGCUACCUGCGGCUGGACGGGAACCUCCUGAAGCCCCCCAUCCCCCUCGACCUGAUGAUGUGCUUCAGGCUCCUGCAGUCCGUGGUCUUCUAACCCUGCCCGACAGCACGCCUCUCCCAGGACUUGGCUUUGCACAGAGACUCGACCCCUGUCAGCGUUUGACACUUGGGACCUUCUUUGCCUCCUUCUCUCCCUGCUCCCCCCCGCCUCUCCUUCCCUCUCACAUUUCCCCCUCUCCUUGGUGGCCCUGGCGCGUGUGUCCUGGUGGACCAUUGUCCACAGGAUGGCACCGUCCUGGGCCACGGCGGGGG